AUGCUGUUUACUGACUGCUUUAUAGCUGGGCAACGAUGGCAUAUCGAAUGCUUCAGAUGCAACACCUGCGGCACACUUCUCGACUCCGAUGCGAACCUCCUCCUUCUCGGCGACGGCUCUCUUAUCUGUAACAACUGCACAUAUAGCUGCAACGCCUGUGGCAACAAGAUCGAAGACUUGGCAAUACUUACAGGAGAACAGGCGUUCUGCAGUGGGUGUUUCAGGUGUCGCAAUUGCAARCGCAAGAUUGAGAACCUGCGGUAUGCACGCACAUCACAGGGUAUAUUCUGCAUGAGUUGUCACGAGAGCCUCAUGGCACGGCGAAGAAAGAAAGCGCGGGCGCCCAAACCCAGCGCUGGCUCAGCCGGUGGAGACAAGGCCCUACCAUCGCUCCCACCAGGCGCCGCACAUCCAGCAGCUUUCACCCCCGACUCCGAAGUGCCAGACGACAGGCCAGCUACACAAAGUUCGCAAUUAAAGUCACCCCGAGAUGGACAGUUCGGUUCGCGCAAUGGCGCAUCUUCUAGCAACAACAAACGGGAUGUGUCGCCCUUGUCCGACGACAUGCGCGGUGAAGGGCCCACGCUCCCAGCGAGCACCUACAGCGAGUCGCGACCAUCCAACGUGUCUUCCCCAGCCGACGAUGAUGACGGAUCAGAGCGCGGUUUCCUCCCAAUGGCGUUUGAUCCCACUCCCAUAGCAGCUCCGUCGCUCGCGAUACCACGUAAACAGGUCCAGCGAGGUCAUGACCUGUCGCCACAACCUCAGAAAGAGAAUCAACCCCCCCGAGAUUAUUUCGGAGCAAGUGGUCGAUUGUCUGCGAAAUCUGCGGUCAGAGAUGAACCGCGGCCGGGCACCAGUGCAUCCUCACGUUCAGUCUCUACAGAGCGCGAGCCGGAAAGAGCUGUGAACCAGGAGAGAGCCGCCACCCAGGCGAAGCCCAGUCCGCAUAUUCUUUUCCAGGAAAAGGGCAGAAAUAGAAAGCCCAAUGCAUCAGGGGAGGACUCGCCGUCAAGCGGCCCCAGCACUGCAUCGCCAGUCGUUGCUGGUGCUCAGGAUAAAUCCUCGAAGUUGCGAGUGACAACAGGCUCGAAAUCACCAAUCCACCAAGACACCUUUAAACUGCAGGAGGUUCCCAAGRUCAAGAAGGAGAGGUCGCGCAGCAAUUCAAAGGGCGUAUCCCCGAUCGACACGCAGUCCAAGGACAACUACCACCCCAACAAGCCAAUAUCGCCCAUAUCAGGUGGCUCGCAGGGCUCUGGCGUAAACCCAUUUGAUGAUCCAAAACAUAAGGCUGCGCAAUAUCAAUCAGCAAGCCAGUUCCCUGCGCCGGGUCCAAUUCCUCCUCGGAGCGCUGACAGGGGUCUGCCUCUCCGGGGGGAUUCCCUCGCGGCGGCACUCAGAGCAAAGCAGACAACACCCGAUCCCUCAGGCAGCAGUGCGCAAAGCACAUCAUCGCACGUGCGGAACAAGUCAUCUUCGUCCGUGCCGUCUUCAUCAGUCGACAGCUCGACUUCUCGUGAGGCUGUUUCUCAUGACGGGAGCCGGUCCAAGCCCGACCCGCAGCUUGCUCGUAGCAGCAUAGAGGGUGGCCCCCCGCCACGGUCUGUAAAUCGGCCCACUGCUCCCAGCAAGUCUGUUGCAAAUGACGACUUCAUCGCGCCGAGACAUGCUCCACCGCCUCCCCCGGCUGAGCGCCAUAACCAUAGCCAUCACGACUCCAUCAGCACCAUGCAGAGCGAGGAUCGCUCGUCGCUCGAUGGUCGGCCGUCGUCCGUGAUGCGCAGUGGCGGUUUGCCCAAGUACAGCCUUGAUGGUGGCUUCUCUAUGGACGAUGAAAUGGGCCGCAUUCUGCGAGGUGAAAACGGCCCGGUGCAGAGCAACGGACGCGCUGCAUCACCGUCGGUACUACGGCGGGUAUCGAAUGCAGUGAAGCACGGCAGAAGUUUCAGCGAUCGAGCAGCGAAUCCGGGUGGCAGGUCUCCCAGGAACGCAAACCUUGAGUCGAGCACACCAAGCAUUACCUCUCCCAGUAGCACGGAUGGUGUUGAUACACUCAGGACCUCUCUGCGACGAGCGCAAAACCACAUUGCUGAAUUAGAGACGGAGAAGCUUUCAUUGCAGGAGAAAUUGGACGCGUCUUCUGACAUCAAGGCGGUCAACACAGAAUUGCGCGAAAAGCGGUCGACCAUGGCUUUCUUGGACACUCAGCGCGAGAUGGUGGUGCGCGAGCUCGAAGUCAUGACUGAGCAUCUGAGCAAAGCCAAGGACAGUUCUCAGCCGCUUGACCUCAACUCGCUCAAAACGAGCAUUCUGAAAGAGUUUGCAGAAUCCCUUCAGAAACUAAAAGACAGCAUGAGCGGCCAGAUUGAGGACCUCAUGCACAAGCGCGGCGAACUCACGGAUGAGAUUGGUAAUCUGAUACAGAUGAAAGACAAGGGCUUCCAGGAGUACGAAUCACUUUCGUCAAAGAAUGCGCAACUGGCCCAGCACAACAACGAGCUCCUCCGCAGUAUUCAGGGGGUGUAUCAGGACAACCGUGUUCCUAACGGAGCACAAACCCCUGCUCCUGCUCCUUCAAAUAAUGGCCUCGGGAUCUAUCACCCUGGAGCAAAAGUUGAUAACACUAGCCAGGCCGAAAUGCGUAACCUCAAUCUCGUGAACACGGAUCCAUCCAUGCCGGCCUUGCUGCACGACGCUGAAGCCGAGCCGGCCACCGUCUUAACGGCGCCUCAGGUUGUCAAUAUCCGCAAGGGCGCUAAGCCCAACAAAUUCAACUGGCGAAGGGGUGGAGAGAAAAUUACAGGAACAUUAACCAAGGGCAUCAAGGGCGCUUUCGUGGGAGGAGAUCGCGCACCCGCAACGAACGGCCCUUACUCGAUUGGCAUGCCGUAUAACCAGACCCAUCAAGCCGUUGGCGGCAGCGAUCAGGGCAGUGUGAAUAGCAAGCAGGGUAUCGAGGGAACUGUUGGCCAAGGACUAUUCCCUCAUAAAAACACGGGUCUUGGUAACAUGAAGCACAACAACAGCAGUACCAACCUCGUUGGUGUAGAUGGAUCAGUCCUCUUCGGCUCCGAAUUAUCCCUGCGCUGUGAAUUCGAACGAGAACCCGUUCCUGGUAUUGUCGUCACAUGUAUACGUCAAGUUGAGAAACGAGGAAUGGACGUCGAAGGCGUAUAUCGCAAAUCUGGCGGUGCAGGCCAAGUCAAGGCAGUGCAAGCAGGCUUCGAAAAGGACAACUACUACAACAUUGGCGACCAGGACUUGGACAUCCACGCCAUCACCAGCGCGCUGAAGCAAUACUUCCGUAAGCUGCCGACCCCGCUGAUCACCUACGACGUGUACGAUUCGCUAUUAGAGGCUGGUCAGAUCCAGGAUAAGGAGAAACAGGCCGCUGCGCUACACAUGGCCGUGAGCGACUUACCUGAUGCACAUCGCAUGACGCUUGCUAUGCUCAUUCAGCAUUUGGCCAAGGUCAUGUCGUUUGAGCCGAAAAAUCUCAUGACGCCGCUCAAUCUCGCGGUCGUGUUUGCGCCGACUAUCAUGCGGCCGCUUUCGAUCGAGCGUGAGAUGAGCGAUAUGCAGGUCCAACGUGCCGCGGUGCAGGCACUGCUGGAACAKCAUGAGGCUGUGUUUGAAGAUGACGACUGA